AAAAAUAUCAACCAUUAUUACCAACAACAACAAUUGAAAGUGUGAUUAAAGAACGAAAAUUGUCUAAUGAAAAUAGUCGUAAUCAAGAUGCGGUUGAACGUGUCAAUCAAAUAUUUAAACAGUUAUGUUUACCAGAUCGAAGAUAA